AUGGAUUAUCAUAAUGGGGAUAGCUUAACUAAACUAUACAAGAGUAACUACAUGAAUGACAAAGAAAUAAAUGCAAGGAAAGAAUAUAGAAGGAGUAGAAGAUCUUCAUUAAAAAGUGAAAUACCUACUCAAAGUUUUUAUGACUCAAAUAAACGCAGUACAGUUGAUCCUACUAUGACUGAUUAUCAUUUUGAAAUUUUCACAUCGUUAAAUGAUAAAAUUAGGCCCCAUGAAAAAAAAAAAAUAAUAAAUAAAGCAGUAAAUACAGACAUUUUAAAGCAUGAACAUAAUAAAUUCUGUGCAACAAUUACCAUAAAAUGCAAAGAAUGCAACGAGAAACUUACCAGAGAGUUCGAACUAUGA